ACUUAAGGGUGGUCGUAUUCUGGUUUUAUCUGGUAGUUAAAAUGCUUGGUGGAUAAGAAAUUCAUAACAGGAACUAUGGCAUUGGAAAAAGUUGGCUACAAUCUUGUUAAAAAUCGGAGGGCUCAGCCAUAAACAUCAAAUGGAACUACCGUUGAGAGAGUAAAGUAUAUAUUUUCUAUGAAUUUAUGAAUUGCAAACUUGCUUAAAAAGAGUCUAUGGAGAACAAAAACCGAAAAGGGCGCAGCUUUGUACUGGAGCGAGAGGAGCGCGUCUCGAUCGAGGGACGCCAAAGGAUUUACAUUCAGAACACCCAGAAGAAGGUGAGGGAACUCUUCCGCCAUCCAUCGGUUGGAGUAUCCAGAUACGCCACCAAGAAGGCGGAAGCAGAGCGAUCAUCCUCCUCGCUGGGCGUCGAAAAAAUCCAGCGAACUCGAGAGCAGGUGGAUAGGCUGUACCGGAAGAUCCAACAUGAGAUAGAUAAGUUGAAAGAUUUUCGCAGUCAUUUUCUCAAAGACACAGACGCCGGGAGCAGAUCUGGGAGCCCGGAGAGGGCGAAGAACAUGACCUGGGGCCAGAGUUUGGAGGCGAAUCAACUUAAAGUCAGUCCCCGGGCCGCCGAAAGAAGUCCUAGUUCUAGUCCUCGAGCGAAAGGGAGGUCGCUCAAAUGUCGCACCAUUGGAGUCAAGAAUUCGCCGGCAAUUGAUUCUCCGGAACUCCAAAGAGUUAGCGGAGGGUGUUCCUAUUGCUGUGGGAACUGCGAUCAGAAUCACCAGACAAUCUACCAGAACUGCUAUGGAAGUGGGACCUGCCAUUGUCAUUGCUCCUGCAAAUACAAAAUGGGAUAUCCUCAACAGUUCACCGCUUGCAAUACCCUUAACGGAGAGAUUCUACCCCAUCAGGGUAUGCAUUUUGGGAUACCUUAUAAUAUCUGUCCUCGUCCAACUUUCGGAAGAGUGGCCACCGAUCUGAAUACAAAGGAACACUGCAAGAAUUUGAGAACUAAACUAACGACGGAUCGUGCCUCAUCACCAAAGGCUCGAAAGGACUGCUCAAUGCGUACCAAAUCUCAGGAGAGGAAGCCACUGGCUAGGAGUGGAAAGUGCGCAACCAACAAGAAGGCGGAAGGCCCGAUCAAGGCCGAAACAACCUUAGCACCAAAAGUCCAAGACAAGACGAAGAGCUCUGAAAAACUGUCAAAAGCUACCCUGAAGAAAGAGCAGGAGUCGCUAGAGGAUGGUAACAGAGGAAUGCCGAAAGUCAAAUCUGAGAAUGUAACAGUUAGCAAGGUGGUGACUUCUAAGGCUAUCAUCAAUGAUGGUGAUCCAUCGAAGCUUUGCAGUGAGGAGCAAACCGAUGAAACGAAGGUCCGCAUGUACCACGAUUAUUUGAAUCUCUAUAAACAGGAGAAUUCCAGGAGUGAGCUGGAAGGACAAGCUGCUCUUCAGCCCAUUCCCACAUACACAAGGAUGCCAGUUGAAGAGGGCAAGAGGGAAACCGACCAAAAACCUACUAUGAAACAACCUGCGGACUCACCUCCUCUAUCUGAUUCGGAUAGGAUCAAGGACCAGGCAAUGGAAAAGGGCAACUCAGAGGAAGACCAGGGAGUUCAAGAAUCCAGGGAAGAUCCCUGCUGUUGUGAUGCGGGUCAGAAUACACUUGAAGGUCAAAGUAGUACUGAUGAACGGAUAAUAUCAACUCAGGAUUACUGUUGCUGUGACGUAUUCGAGGGAGGGAACACUGGCGACCAUAAACAUGAUCGUAUUGAAACAACUAAUAACUACCAAUCGACGGAUGUGGGAUCCCCUAGCUCGUCUCCAGAAAGUGGUCCUGUUUAUUCUCAUGAAGAGAGACGUCACGCCCUAUCCCGUAGUCAUGGUCGAUGCAAUCAAGAUGGCUAUAGUCCUUCGGCAAAUCUGAAAAAACAAUCUGAUAAUAGUUACUUCAACGUUACUUCCUGGAACUACACCAAUACCCCUAGGUCCCAUGAUGACAGAAACCAGAACUUGACUGGGAGUGCCCCAAAAGUUAGUCGCAUGCAUUCCCAGCAAUCAAGUUCCUAUAGGUGUAAGGAUAAGGAUUCUGUGGUAAUAAAGCAGGAAAAGCGGGAGUUCUCCAAGGAGCGAUUCUUGAUGCAGACAGUCCCGAAGGAAAAGAGAAAGCUACGUUCUCAGCAAUCACCUUCUCCCCGAAGUGUAGGAAACACCAGUUAUGCCCCUUUUGCUCCUCAACAUCAAAAAGCUCUUCCAGAGAUGCAGUUCCAAAGAGAAGCGAGGAAGAAUCAAGCUGAGAUUCCCUGUCAUGAAGAAAGACCAAUGCAAACAGUGAUGCAGCCCAAAAUCGAAAAAGCUUCAAAAAUGCGCGUAGACCAGGAAAAUUAUCGGACACAAGAAGACCGAACUCUACCAAAUCAAUCUAGAACCAAAAAUACUGAUUCAAAUCUUACAGUUUCCUCGCAAAGCGAAAGUGCUGAAACUAUAGUUAAAAACCGAAAUCAGCAUGUCCGCUAUAAUUAUAGUGAUAACGAAACUAAUGGAUAUAGUCUUCACGAUCGAUUCGUUGAUUCCAAUCGUGAUAUGCAGCAGCACACUCCUUGGAGAUUCGAAGCACAGGAAAAGUCUCCUAGGUAUAGAUCAGACUAUGGUCAUGUCUAUGACCAGAGUAAUUACGAGGCAUUGGAUUGCAUGCAAGAUGAUCUAAGAGAACCUUCCUAUACAUUGGAUUGCAGGUCAGAUGAUAUGAGAGAGCCUUCCUAUAGAAUACCAAGGGAAACGCAGAAAUCUCGUAAUAAUUCACCCCAUGCUAGCCACAAACAGACUAUUCCAAGACAGCACAGUCCCAGAAAUCCCAAAGACUUUUAUGAACAAGUCAGUCAAAGGCCCCCGAAAAAGUACAAUAGUCAGAUAUCGCCAGCUGAAGGCUUUACAAGAAAUCAGAGUCGGAAUAUGAACUAUUCGGCUAACGACCAGUCUUCGAGUUCUCACUCCCAUUUGGAUCACAGCCAAUCCGAUCAUUACCAGUGCUCCGGGUGUCCGGAAACGUACAAAACCCUGGAGCAAGUCCAAAAAAUGCGUAGAAAUGUAGACCAUCAUCAAACACGCACUAAUGAUAGCAUGGCUAAGGAACACUACUCCAAGUGUUCAAGUUUUCCCGACUUUGAGUGCGAUAGAUAUGACGAAAAGCAGAUGAAAAAUCCCCUUCAGGUUUUUAAUGAAAGUUCCCCUAGGUCCUGCCUGUCAUCCCCCAGACACCCUUCUCCCGCUAAAGUUUUGGAGACCGUCUGUGAAAAACGCACACGAACAGUAACCUUCGAGGACGAUGGUGGGGAUCUGACCAAAGAGGAACAUGUGAAGGAAACCUGUCGCAGUCUAAUCGAUUGGGAACGCGCCCUGAAAUACCACAUGGUAGAUCAGAGCGGUGAAACGAAUAACUCUGAUGAUAACUACACUUGCAGAUCCAGCAGUUCCGGGGAGCACACCUGCCUAGAGUCCACCUACGAUGACGACUUUGCCAGCUGCGAAGAGGGGGAUCCCCAGAGCAACCCCAAGCGGGUGCCUCGGUUCUAUGGCUGCCCCUGCAUGUAUCAGACCUAUAAGAACCUGGCCAACAUGUGUCAGAAGGACGGGCGCUUCAUUCAGUGAGAGUUGCAACAAGUUUUCUUUAGUUUUGCCAAUCAACCUUAUAUUUUUACAAUUUCGAUAUCGAUAUCCCAGCCGAACAUUAAAUUUGAGUUAACAUAAUAAAACAAGCAAGGUGUUUUGUAAAAUUCA